CAUCUUUCUAUCAUAAUGAAGUCAGCAAACUUAUUUAGACCAUCUUACUACAACGAAUCCCUUUUCCACAGGCGGCGGAUUUCUCAGUAUAAUACGUAAGUAUUCACACUGAGGAGGAGGUGGAGAGUCAGUUUUACUAUGUAUAAGUACUGUUAUGGAUAAGCAGCUUAUGACUCUGGCUCAAAGAUCUUAGACGUCGACAUUGCAAUUUGCAUGACUGAAUAACGAAGUGAUUUUUUUUUAUGAACAAGAGGUUUUUCUUCACUCCUUUUUAUUGGGUUUCAUUUUUUUGAUAGAAACCAACGAGAAGCAAAAAUGCCGCAGAAUGAGCAUAUUGAAGAGCACACCCGCCGCUUCGGUAAGCGGCUCGACCAUGAGGAGAGAACGCGAAAGAAGAAGGCCAGGGAGGUGAAGAAGAACUCGAAGUUGGCCAAGAAGCUGACUGGUAUCAAGGCCAAGAUCUUUCACAAGAAGCGAUACACGGAGAAGGCUGAAAUGAAAAAAACCCUGAAAGCACACGAAGAGAAAGAUGCGAAGAAGAAACCAGACGACGAAAACGUGCCGAAGGGAGCGUUGCCAUCGUAUUUGCUGGACAGAGAACAACAAGCGAGAACGAAGGUGUUGAGCAACAUGAUCAAGCAGAAGCGAAAGGAGAAAGCAGGAAAAUGGCAAGUGCCCGUGCCGAAGGUACCACUCCCGACUAAACCGAUAACAACAUUCGGCCGCUACUAUACACACUCCCGACUAAACCGAUAACUCCUAUUUAGUAGAGCAGUCUGCAACUAGAGCAACUCAAUUUUUCAUGAUGUUGUUGACAAAUACUAGUAUACACACUCCUGACUAAACCAUUUAGGUGAAAGCGAUGACCAUUUAUGACAAACUACUAGGUGAAAGCGAUGACAGAGGAUGAAAUGUUCAAGAUUAUGAGAACCGGCAAGCGGAAGAAGAAAGCAUGGAAGCGCGUUGUGAACAAGGUGUGCUUCGUCGGCGACAACUUUACACGAAAAAACCCGAAAUUUGAGAGGUAACUAUUUUUACGACUAAUGCUAGCUUGCUCUGAAUCUUAAUACAAGUAGAUAGUAGAUAAUAGAUGGUACUAAAAAGAGUUGCAGUUUCACGACCUUUUCGUGCCUGCUAAAAAAGAUACUGUGAACAUCAACCGCAUACUAUCAGUGCUUCUUGUUCUAAUAAAUAUCUGUGUGUUAUUGAAUGUGAAAGACCUAUUUUUUGCUUCUCAUUAUAAUAAAUAUCUGUGUGUUAUUGAAUGUGAAAGUCCUUAAUAUUAACUGAAGCCUAAACUCUCAGGUUUAUCCGGCCAUCAUCAUUGCGAUUUAAGAAGGCGCACGUAACGCAUCCUGAGUUGAAGACGACCUUUCAUUUGGACAUCGUAGGUGUCAAGAAAAACCCGCAGAGCGCGCUCUACACCAGCUUAGGCGUGAUCACCAAGGGUUCAGUGCUUGAGGUGAACGUCUCAGAGUUGGGACUCGUCACCCAGACAGGUAAGGUAGUCUGGGCCAAAUAUGCGCAGGUGACUAACAAUCCAGAAAAUGACGGCUGCAUCAACGCUGUGCUAUUGGUCUAAACUAUCACGUCUUGUUUAUGGUACGAAUGGUCCUUGAUCAUGUUGUGGUAAUGCUAGCAGGUGAUGAAGAUUAUAGCAUGCCAUUGCCAUCAAAAGGUACUACAAUUAUCUUCAAUUAUCCUCGUAUCACAUUUGAAGAAGAACACCGACUUGGCGGAACCUCUCUACAGCUGAAUGAAUGAAUGUGCAAAAAGAACAGUGUAAUCCAAUGUAAUCUACCAAGCAAUGCUGCCGCUUGCUGUCAAGGCAGGAGAUUAUG